CUUUUCCACUUUCAAGCUGAUAAUUUAGACAAAUGGAGUAACUUGUGAGAGGUAGUGGUCUGCUGCGUCUGCAACUUUCAUAGGUCAGAAAGCAGAGAAAAAAACCCAAGAAAAAAUGGCUAGAAGAAGACACAGAAAAACAGUCACCAAUGGGAAAAACCACAAGAAAUAAAAAUUCCUUUGAGAAAAGUGGUUUCAAGGAAUUGGAAGUCCACUGGAGAAUGAGAAUUUCAAAAGGGGGGAACUUUUUUAGAUAUGGAAAGUAAAAUUCUUCAAUUGGGUACCCAGUAAAAGAUAACACCAGAAGAAAACUAAAUAUAUGGAUAAAAAGCAAAUUCUCUCUUUACUACCUUUUCAUCCUUCCAUCCCUCUUCUCACACAAGCCACCACCCUUCUCUUCACAAUUGAAAAUCAAAACAAGCUAAGGAGAAGGAGAAAAUGCACAGCUUUGAGAAACUAGUCCACCUUCUUUACCUUCUCAUUCUCACACUCACCUUCUUCCCUUCAUCAAUAGCAUAUCCAAAAGAUUUGAGUACCUUGCGCUAUAAUCGAGUGUACAGAAAUUCGUCGGUAGUUGAAAAACUCGGAGAAGGAUACGAGCUAGGUACAAGAAUUUCUUACGAUGUUCCGGACCAUGUACCGAAUAUCUGUGAUGAGUGUCAAAAGCCUAAUGGAAACUGUGGAGUCGGAUUGAGGUGCAUUUGCCAUCCUAGAGAGUGUAAAAACCAGGUCACAUCCAAGAGUGGGACUAUUGACCCUUUUGUAAUCCACUCAUGAGCCCUUUGAGAUGUGACAAUCGCAACUUCACGAAUUUUAGUCAUCACGAAUUCAGAUUUGGAAACUUUGAUGUGAGCCCACGCUCUUCUAGUCUAGGUGAAUUUGAGGUUGUUUUCAUUAUCAUUGACGAAAUUGGGCAAGCUGUGGAUUCAACUGUAAAAGUGUAGAACCUUUGGAAAUAAACAUCUUCAGGAAGUAGACUCGGUUCCACAAGGAUCCCAUGAUACAACUGCACUUGAUGUUCAGAAACAGGCUGCUUUUUUGAGCAAAUGCAAUGAUCAACUGGUUUUCUUCAUCCUGAUUGCACGAUUCUGUUGAAGAGCUCAAGGUGCCCUUGCUCUAUGUCUGCAAUUUUGCUCCAUUUUUUCUUGCCAUAUGACAAAAACAGUUAACGAGGAAAAUUAUGAUAUCUUAUAUUCUUCAACCUUGGUCUGAAAAGAGUAAAAAUUUCCUUUGAGCAGACAUUCAUGCCAAUGGCUGCAUAUAUUGAUAACAUGGGUGUUAGUGCUUAGUAAUCAGAAUAUGCAAUCAGAUUGUGACUAAGAAUUCCUUGAAGACAAUCUCUUAUUCGGAAAGGGGGAGGGGAAUAGAUAAUCUCUCCUUUGCGUGGGUGAUGGAUCAGCUAAAUAUAAGUUCUAUGAAAUUCUAGUUGAGAUGAGUUGCUAAGAGCAUCUCGUAUAGUUUUAGCCAUAUUGGCACGACCAAAGUUGAACUGUGGCCAGCAGCAGUGCCAUUUCGAAAUAUUGCUUCGAAGAAGUCCAGACAUGUUUUAUGCACAACCAACAUGUUAAUUACAACUAUAGAGCACAGCCAUGCUCAGUAAGGUUGCGAAAAUAGUUUUGGCAGGAGAUUGGCCAACCACGGGAGAUGCGGAUAAGCUGAGUUUGAUGACUUUGCCAGGCAAUGUUUUUGCUUCUUUGAAAUUUAACAGAACGGAUUACCUCCAAUAAAACUUUGAUAGCCAGGCUGCCUACCGUAUACACUAAUUAUGUCUGAUAAAAUGCUAUCAACUAUUGUGGGAUCAGUCCCUAAGGAGAAUUUGUCUUAGCUUUUAAUGACUCCUGUUUAUGGACGGUUGGAUUGGUCAGUAGAAAUUACUUGAUUAGACGUAAGUGGCACAGACACCAUGAGUUAUAAAAAAAAGGGACAACCUAGAAUGUAUUUGUACACACCAAACAUAAGUAAGGAAGAGAGGGGUCGGAAUUUUAACAAGCAGUUGGUGAUCAUUAUUAAUUCUGCAGCACCAUAUUAAACAGGGGAUCAAAUUAGGAACAUUAGGUAUUUGCACCAAAUUCAACAACCAAUCAGAUUUUCAUGAAUAACAAACCAUGCUUGCAGUGACACUACACAAGUAAAGACCCAAAGGUCCCAAACGAAAUAUGAGCCUAAAAACCUAUGGGUAUGGCGCUAAAGAGAGAAUUUCAAAGUGGAAGGCCAAAAGCACCCAAUACAGACAUGACACGACAUAACAUCACACACUGGACACCUAAGAAGCAUGGAUACAGAUAUGGACACGACACGAUACGCACACGUGGAUAUGUCAUUUCUUCAUAAAUUAGGACAGGGACACGUUGUGGACGCACUGAAUAAAACGUAUAUUUUUGCAUUGUAGUCUUGCAGCGGUAUCUCACAAAUUUAUGUUGGAGAUGAAAGUCAUCAUUUCUAUCCAAUGAAGAUAAAACACACAAAAUUAUUGACGCGCUGAAUAAAACGUAAUAUUUUUGCGUUGUAGUCUUGUAGAGAUAUCUUACGAAUUUAUGUUGGAGAUGAAAAUCAUUAUUUCUAUCCAAUGAAGAUAAAACACACAAUUUUCCCAAAAAAAAAAAAAAAUUUACCCAAGAAAAGAUAAAACACACAAAAUUAUUGCCUUUUCAAAGAUACAAAACAAUGAUUGCUGCGCAAGUAUUCUUUUCAUCGAUUGAAAUUUUGAACUAUGGACCAAGUUUUACACAUCACAAUUUCUGUCGUGUCCUCCACGUGUGCCUAGAGUGUUCCCAAAUCUCAGUAAAACAAGUACUACAAUUAGAAACUAGACACUUAAUUUGGCGUGUUUGACGUGUGUCAAGGAGUGUCGUGUCCGUAUCCGACAAGUGUUGGACUUGGAUACUUGAGGCCGAUAGACGUGUCCAUGCAUCUUAGUUGGACAUGGGUGCGGCUUGACUUGACAGGUAUAAUUUUUGUUUUUUAUCAGGAAAG